AAGUUGUUUAAACAAAAUGAAGUUCAUCAUUGCCACAACUGUACUCUGCCUGUGCCUGGCUCUUGGCCAAGCCCAGCCGCUGACAACGCCGGCACCAUGGAGCACUCAGCUAUCGAGCCUGGUGGAUGACAUGACCCAGAUUGGCAUUGACGCUGGCAAGACGCUGGUGCAUCAAUACGAGGAGAUUGUCGUGGAGCCACAGCAGCAGCUGGAGCAGGCCGUCGAUAAGGUGGAAACCCGUCGCGAGGAGAGUCCCGAAUGUGUUGCCGCCCAUGAUGCCGAAAUUGUCAGCAUUGUGGAUGUGGCUCACGAUGAGCUGCAUGUCUGCGGUGUGACAGCUGCCCACGAUUCGGCCGAGAUUGUCAGCGAUGUGAAUGCUGCCACCCAGCAGCUGGUCUUCGGCGGCUACUCGUUGGCUAAGACCUACAACAAGUGCCAGAACUACAAGAACUCCGUUCUCCAGCAAACGUGCAUGGCCAAGUUCUACGUUCAGGCCACCGUCUACUUGGUCAGUGCUCGCUCCUCGAUCAAGACCAUCAAGCAGUCGACCAACGAACGCAUUCCCGGUGUCUUUGUCGACAGCAAUGCUUGCACCCAUCUGGCAUCCUCCAAGGCUGUCGAUGCUCUCGAUGUGGUCAACACCAACAUCGAUUCCUGCAUUGCCAAGGCUCGUCGUCAUUAGGCGGUUUAGUUGAGUCGACACAUGUACAUAUGUGCGUAUACUUCAAUAAUAAAAAAAUGUGUAUCCAAA